UCCUUCGGGUCUGACGUCACCCUCCCUCCCUCAGUCCAUCAUGGAGUGAGGAGGAGGAGGAGGAGAUGGGGAUCGUGCGGUGCCUUCCUCCCCGACACCAGAACCUCCUGCUCGGUCUCAGCGUUCCCGGCCCGGUCCGGAGGAGGCGGCGGGGCUGAAGGAGGAGGACGAUCCGAUGGGAGGAGGAGGAAGAGGCGUCAGAACCGCAUCCACCGCCGCCGCCGCUGUGGAACCAUGAAGUCGCCGCACCGCGCGGCGGCCGCGGCAGCUCGACCAAAGCGGAGCUGAACCGGAGAAGAUGAACGAGGAGCCGAGGCCCGACGAUGACAGCUACAUCGUGCGGGUCACGGCGGUGGUGAUGACCCGGGACGAGUCCAGCGGCGGCUGGCUGGCGCUGGACGGCUGCCUGAGCCGGGUCGGGGUCUGCCGGCUGCGGCCCGACGGGCUGCAGGGCCGGAACAGCUUCCUGAUCCACGGGGAGCGCCUCAAGGACCGGCAGGUGAUCCUGGAGUGUUUCUUAAGGAAAGACCUGGUCUACACAAAGGCCACGCCCACCUUCCACCACUGGCAGCUGGACAGCAGGAAGUGCGGCCUGACCUUCCAGUGUUCGUCCGACGCCCGCGCCUUCGACCGCGGCGUGAGGCGAGCGCUGGAGGACCUGGCAGAAGGUUCCACCACGUCUUCAUCAACGCUGCAGAACGAAGCCGAGCUCGGGGACGACGACGUCUUCACGACGGCCACCGACAGCUCGUCCAACUCGUCUCAGAGGAGAGAGCCCGCCAUGCACGCGGCACCGGCUCAUUUCUGCGAGCCGCGCCGGCACAACUGCAUCCUGGGACAUUUCUAUGAGCACCACCGGCCCUCGGACCACUACUUCCUGGACCCGGCGGUCCACAUCUUUCCUCGUCACGCCAGCUUCCCUCUGGAGGAUCAGGAGAUCGUUCGCUUCAGUCCCCGUGAGCGCAGCUGGCUCACCGGCUACGAGGACUACCGUCACGCCAACGCCACGCGAGACAAGCUCCCACAGCCGCGCAACCCGGACACCUGCGUGCAUUUCACCAAGAGCGACGCGCCCAAACGCGACUACACGUACCCGUACCCGCUGAGCUGCGGCGUGCAGCAGGGCUUCGACAGCAAGCCGGGCCGCCUGGAGGCGGGUGGCGGCCGCAGGGCGGUGGUGACGCUGCAGCCGCGGCCUCCGGCGUCCAAAGGGAAGUGUCACAUGGAGGACGGGGAGCGGCUCCGCUGCGUCUACUGUCAGGACAUGUUCAACCACGAGGACAACGGGCGGGGCCAGUGCCAGGAGGCGCCGGACCCCAUCCAGACCUGCAUCCGCCGGGUCAGCUUCAUGUGGUGCGCCGACAGCCUGCUGUACCACUGCAUGUCCGACCCAGAGGGCGACUACUCGGACCCCUGCUCCUGCGACACCAGCGACGAGCGCUUCUGCCUGCGCUGGACGGCGCUGGUCGGCUUGUCGCUGCUGGCGCCCUGCAUGUGUUGCUACGCCCCCCUGAGGGCGUGCCAUCGCUGCGGCGUGGCCUGCCGCUGCUGCGGCGGCAAGCACAGGGCCGUGGGCUGAGCUGCCGGAGGCCCCGCCCACUCAGCAGGCCCCGCCCACUCCACAGAGACCGUCACCGCUGUUCUUUCUGUUGUUGAUGUGGUUCAUCUGUAGAAGGAAGUGAAACUUCGUGUCAACUGUUGUGCUUUUUCUGUCACUCUGAGGACCAAAAUGUCUCCAUGAAAGUUUGGAUAUUUGGAGCCGCCAGGUUUCAUGUCACCUGGAGAACGUCCAGAAGGAUUCCUGCAGGUCAGUGAAGGUGGAGCUGAGUUUGUGGUGAUGCUGUUCAUCUGGAAGAAGCUGCUUCAUUCUUUUGUUCAGCCAGAAUAUAACAGAAACUCAGACAUUUAUUCUACACAGAGGGAUAUUUCUGAUAUUUCUGGCUUACAGCUAAUUAUUAAAAUUAGAAAACUUCACUUCCAAAAAAAGAAAUAAAAAAGACUCCCCCAAACCUUCAGAUGAGCUCUUCACUAUUCUCUCAGUGUUGUUGGUUGUUCACCUUUUCUACACACUUUCUCCUUCCACUCAAUUUUUCCUUAGUGGACUUGUACAGAGGGGUGUGUUAGCCGCCGCCUCAUUCGCUGUUGCAGCUUCCCCUCCUUGUUGUCAUGGCAGCAGUCUUCCUCAUGACCGAACUGGAUCGUUUUAUUGGUCUGGUGGUUCGGGUUUUUCAAAAUCUGAACAAGAAAACUGAAACUGGAUGUUCAUCCCUCUGUGUGGCAUAAAUAUGAGACCUGAUUGAAAUUUACUUUUUUAUCUUUCUAGAACUUAACUUGGCAUUUUGGAAAAAUAAAGUAAACAUUCGUUACUGAAAAGUCCAAGAUGGCCGCCAUGGUUGUGAAGGAGAAAAUAUGUUUGCACUAUAAUCAGCAGUGUCCACAGCUAACCAAAACGUUACAUUUGCUAAUGACUUAUUCGCUAAACAAAAACCUUAGCUCAGCUACACUAAAGACAUAAAAACAUUAGCAGAGAUAAUGCUAACCCGCUAAACAUAAAAAAUUAGCAGAAGCUAACCAUUUAGUUGCUAAUUUGUAUGAACAGUUUGACCAAAUUUUAAAACAAUUGGUGUGACAUAAAAUUCAUCCAAGUCAUGAAAAUGGUUAACAUUUAAUAGCAAUUACUGGUUUAAAAGGCUCAAAAAUGAUGACGGCCAUGUUGAAAAAUGGUCGUCACCCUGAAAUUCAAGUGGCUGAUGGGAAAAAUGAAAAAUCUAAGACCUGAAUUUUUAUGCUUAUAUCCACACUGGAAUUUUUUUUUACAGUAGAAUGAUGCAUUUAACUGCUUAUUGUAAUGGAGAAUCUCUUGGUUUAUCACACACACACACACACACACACACACACCAUGGCGGUAGGUAAAGUGUGUCAGCAGAGGCACUGUGGUGAAAACCAGCCGAUGAGUCCUCAGCUCAGCUGCUCGGUUCUGGAAUAGGCCGUCAAAACACGACGAGGAUUUUUGGGCCCAGAUUCCUCAGAAUUGAUGAUUUUGGCUAAGUGGCGUAAAGUUUGGAGGAGCGUUGCUGCUCUGCUGUCUGGAGCCCCAGCAGACGCGCUGCAGCAGAUAACAGGAACACAUGCAGAUUAUCACAACCUGGGUUAAAGAACAACUAACAGAAAUCAGAGCUGAAGUUUGAAAUCUAUUUUUUUAUUGGUGUAACGACAGUUCCCCCAGCUCCCUGCCAGCAUUUCAGAGCAAGGUUAUAACUUGUAUUAAUACAGAUAUUUUUGAUGCAACAUAAGCUACAGAAACUAUAAAGGCAUCAACUCUGCAGCAGGAAGCAGUCGACUCGACAUCGGGUCAGAACCCGGUGGGGAAACGAUCCAGAUGUUUGUUCUGAUAUAAAUUUAUUGACGUUUCUGGGCUGAAUGUGUUUUUAAGUGUAGCUUGACAUCGGGACAAAUGGCGUUUGGGAAAUUCAUCUGUGGUUUUUAAGUUUAACAGAUGAUGAGUUUCAGUCCGGUCCGGUCUGGUCCGUGUGGCCUAGCUUAGCAGCGCCUGCUAGCGCCUAGCUUCCUGGUUGUCCUUGAUGUUCAUGUGCAAAGUUAUCCAGUUCCUGUAAAGUCAUUAGCAAUGCUAGCAGUUAGCAUCAUGCUAACAUAGGCCACACAGUGCUGCAUUUGAAAUGUUCUGCUGAAGCUCUGUGGCAAACAGGAAGUCAGGGUGGAAAACAGGAAGUCGGGACAAGAUGAGGUCAGUUCCAUCUGCUUUUCCAGAUGUUUCCUGGUACAGACUGUAAAGUUGGUGGAAGGAAAACAUCUGUGAAAACCGUCGGUGUUGGCCUUGCAGUCUACAGUCUGGUCAGAGCGCAGCAGCUGGUUUCCCUCCAGAGAGAAGCAGCAGUCUGGACCGUCAUGUUCGCCGUCAGAGACGAGUCCCCAAU